UCUAUCUUCUCCUUGGAUUCUUCACUUUUCUCUUAAUACCUUUCCAAAUAUUAGCAAAUCAGGGACUCGAACCCGAGGGAGACCAAAUGUCCGGGUAUACACAUCUCGCAAAUUUUAUGGCAGAGAAGGACCACCCUAUUCUUCGAAAGUAUAAGACUCUUGCGGCUCGGGAUUUACUGUUUUUGCAGGCUGAGUUAUGCCAUCUCGAGUGGAAAUAUAAAUCAGUCUUGAAUGACGAUGAGGCUCAGGAAGAUGAGAGGCAGUUUCAUGCUCGGGACUGGAUUCUUUUGGAAUCCUCUGAACGACGUGGACUUGGUGGGGAGCAGUGGGCUAUUGCGCUGGAAAUAAGAACAAAGUUACGGGAAUAUUGUGAGCCUCAUCCAGCCAUAUGUAUUGUCUAUCUCAAUAUAUCCAACAUACCUGAUUUAGAUGGGGUUGUACUAAUAAAUGAUAAGAUGAUGCGAUGUUGAAAUACUCCCAUAUCGCCUCGCUUCCCCAGCCUAAAGAAUCCGAACGGAGUUUUAUCCACGACUGGACCCAAGACCCAAGUCUAGGAGGAGGAUGCGGUUUCGGUGGUCGAUCUUGGUAGCCGCAAACAGCCAUCGAUAUACGAGGCUAUUUAUCAAAAAGAUCUUGCCAUGCUCUCAGAUAAUCGUGGGGAGAAUGAUCUUUUUACCCGCCUCAUUGCUGGGCCUCUUCUGAGCUGUUUUCAUUUUACAAGAACCUAUAGAAUGAUAUGCAUAUUCUACCAUCCUCCGAUGUACCUCGUUUCAAGUCCACUAACAUACUUGUACUUCCUAUUAGAAAACAAACCCACCUAAUCCAGAAGCUCCUCCAACGCUCCCGAACGCAGAUCCAGAGACCCCUGGCUUCCACUAUUACGACAAAAAUAAAGUCGAGACAGUAACCAAUAUUCUAGGUACCAUACUCUCGAGUUUGGCACCCCUGGUGUCGAUUGUGGUGUUGAGUUAUGUGACUAAGCCGAAAGCGAGAUUGGGGUUGAUUUGUGCUUUUACGUUUUUGUUUAGUACGUGUUUAGCUAUGGCUACGAGAGCGAGGAUGGUUGAGAUUUUCGCUGCUACUGCUGCGUGAGUCUUUUGUUUUUUUUACUUCAUGGUGUGUUGGUGGAGGCUUGUUUACGGAGAGCUAGCUGAAAUGCCGAAGAAUGCUGGGGAGGGGGUCUUGUAUUUUGCUGAUCGUUUGUUUGAAUAUAGUUUUGCUAGCGUUCAGGUUGUGUUUAUUGGGGGCUCGAAUAGCACGAUUUAGGAUUGUAAUGCUUGGUGGUUGGGGUUGGGGGGUGUCUAUCUACAUUGGGUUUAUGGUAUAUUUAUGGCGUUUAGUCAUUAGUGAGUAUUUUUUAGAGUAUUCGGGGUCUUGAGUAAGAGCAGGUUAUCUUGCUGAGAAUAUCCAGUUGGCGAUUUGGGCAAUGAACUUUGGGGUUCCUGCGGGGUACUGGUCCAAAAUACGAAGAUACCAUCUCAUCUGCUUCCUCAAGGCUUAAAGCGUCUCAAAAUCAUACUGCUACAUGAACCAAUUAAGUUGUUUAAAACUGUUUCAAGUUGAAAAUAUUAAAUUAAGUCUUAUAAUUUCUUGGUCAGACAUCCAUGCAAUAAACGUACUACUAUCAUAAAUAUCGGAAGCUUCCGCAAGCCCACGCUUUGAAUUAAGGCGGCAGCGUCAUUUGUUGGAUUCUAAAAGAAGGAGAAUGAAUUUUCGGUGUGGAUACAAGAGCUACCUCAGAUUGAAUGAGGCUGCUAGAGCACAAGGCUUAAGCGGGCGGAAAAUAUUGUGAUAACGUACACAGAUAAACAGAGCCUGGGCGUAAGGUGUCUGCAGUAGGUUGCAUCUAUAAUGGAAACCUUUAUAGCAAUUAAGGGCCAUCCAUAGGUUAUAUCUAAUAAAUCUCUGUUUGGAGUCCAUUUGCGUUUCGUCAUUGUUUCUCUCUUCUUUCCACUUAAAAUGUUUACUAAACAAUUACACCUGUUGGUUUCACUAAGCAAGUGAAGUGAUACGGUAUAACUUCUUUGAUUUAUGUUCGUAUGGCUUUUUCUGAAAGAGACUGUGUGCUAGCUAGAAAUAUAUGGGUGUGUAUGCGGCUAUCUUAGACAAUAUCAUGUGACUUUCCCCCCUGCCACUACGCGAACAUCGCGACAACACCUUUAGGCUUUACUUGUUAGAUACUGUACUUCACUUAACAAUGUUUCAUGAUUUUGAUUCACUCAUAAAACUGGGAUUCAAAACUUAAAAUCAGGCUCAUUGUUAAUAUUUAGGAUGCAUAUAGUAUAGACAUUCGAGUUGGGGGCAAGCAACACUAUCACGUCUUACGCUAUAUUAGAGAUACAAUAGCAAAAGAUGCGCACCCUUAUGCUACAUUACUAUUACAAGUUAUUCAUUUCUGGCAUUUAUAGAGCUAUUUUUUUUGGAAUGGAUUACUAUUUUCCGGGGGUGGGGGUUGGGGUGUGUUGCACUCAUUAAUACUAGGCGGCGGGCAUUCAGAAGAAUUUGGGUUCUAUUGACGUGAUUAAAUCAUUUCAAGAUAGUCAUUAUUAUUUGCUCAGAUACAUACAUAUAUAUAUAUAUAUAUAAAGACAUUGUCCCUAGAAAGUUUUGAGAGCUUGAUUUUUUUGGUUUUUAUUUGUCCUUAUGUGGAGAUAGAUGUGGCCAAGAAGUGUUACACAUAUUUGAUUUUGCCAGUUCGCUAGAAACUUUCUUCUUAUGAUAGGAUUCUUCGUUCGUUGUUAGUUGCCGCUUGGGAUGACUCAAUCCAAUGACAAUGAUAAUGACUCUUCGUAUGAAUCGUACUCAAGGCACAUACUUCGCCUCUCCCUUACAUAUUGGAUUUCUUUUAUUUCGCAUCACUCGACAGGCUUAAAGCUGCCUGGGUAAAUUUGAGGGAGUCUAGAUGCAAUGCGAGAGAUUAAUGCACCUUCAGGGGGGCUGGGAAGAGGGAAGGGAAUUGAUCGCCCGUCCUCAAGUAAGCUGACUAAGCCCCUGUAACCGUUUCUCAGUGCAGCGAAAAAUGCGUAACUGAAAUACUUUAUUCAGAGUCAGACAACACAAGUACAAGUGUACAAAAAACCAAUAAAACAUGGCAUUCUCCUAGGCGACAUUUAAUGUAACUCUAUAGUGGGAUCCCUCUUCCCUGAAUUACGGCUGAGUCUGAUGACCAGGGCUAAAUUCCCAAAAACAAACACGACGCUGUUAGGUUGCACUGCGCCACUUUAACCGCCACGCUGACAGACAAAAGAGCCCAAGGGAGAGCCCAGCUGGAUGCACAAUAAGUAAACCACAGUAUUCAGUAUAUAUUUCAACUUGCGUCCGCUCUCUUUUCGCAGAGCCUCUUGGGUUCUCUAUUUACCGUAGCUAUGCAAAUGAUCAAGGGCUUGAUGAGGGGUCGCAAUACCAACGACCGAAGAGACAGAAAUCCACGGUAUAUUUGGAACCCAACAGAAAUGCUUUCAACGCGAUACUAAUACCUAAGCAGCACGAAUCCGAUUUAGAAAUCAAAAUAUGUUAUCAUGGGACCGUCGAAGAAACCGCCAAGGCAGCAGAUAUAUCAGGAAACGACCGAAACGAAGUGUCCUCGAAAUUCGUCGAGCACACCCUCAAAUACUCAGAUGAUAUAAACCGCAGCGACGAGACACAUAAGGAGCCAUGGAUUGAAUUAUGUUGGAGGUUUAGUGGGACGGAAUAUGGGCCGGAUGGAUUGAGGAAUUAUCGAUAUAAGAUAGAAUUCGACGUGAUGGAUCCCUGGGAGCUACCUGCCACUGUGGUAUUCGGGGAUUGCGCUAGAAGGACAGAAGAAAACCCGCAGAGUCCAGAUCCGAUUGAUCUGGCGUUAAAUAUGGGCUGGUUAAGGCCUCGAAGAAGCUCAUGGAAGAAGAUGAAGAAAAGAACAGCGAGUUGGACCGGAAGUGAGGAAUACAAGAAAAGUCGACAACAAUCACUUUUUUCACCACCGCCAUCAUAUUUCUCCGAGGGUCAAGAAGCGAAAGGAGGGAAAAAUACCGAUAUUGAAAAACUAGAAGCACCAGAGCUAGCAGCAACCACCGAAAAUAAACCCAGAAGAGAUGCAAAGUUACCCACAACGCCCGAGGUUCCACCAGCUACCGAGAACAGCAAGAGACAGGAGACAGUUCAUAGCUUUAAUUCGCAUUCCUCGGGGACCGAUUCACGAGUAUAUCAACGGAUUUGGGACAAAAUCCCACCAUGGAAUCUGAUCUUUGUAUUGGAAACAUUUUUGAGAGUUUGGUUUUGUCGAUGGAACCGAAAAGUCUCACUGAUUCACGUCAAUAUUCGGAAAUUCAUAAAUCGGACAUUCAUGAAGAGAAACCUCAAUCAAUUACAAAGACAGAGCUGAAAUCUGGGCCGAACUUGGGAGUUCCAGAAACAGUUGAAGAGGAGCCAAAGAACGAGUCUUCCUCUUCCUCAGAACCAGAAGUGACAGAAUUUCCAACAGCAAGCCAAGAAUCGAACAUCAGAACCAUUUCUACCGUUCGAAAAGGGGCUCCAGCAGACGAAGAAAAAAGCGAAAAGCUCGAUAAUUGUGGAAUAGAACAUAAAGCACCUACCAAAGACUGGAAGGAAAACGAUGAGCUUCACAGCUCUGAAAGUGACAAAAACUGUGGUAUAUCCGCAUUUAAAGCACCAGAGGAAAAUGAAAUCAUCACUUCACCAAUGUCACAAACCAAUAGCACAAACGUGAUUGAUGAAGAUGGGCUCCAGAAAGGGAAGAUGAACAGGCUUCCAGCGGCAUGCAUGAAGCCCUCAGCAACCACAAUCUGGAUUCAGAGAGCAGUAACUUGCCGUAUAGAUGGAGAGAUUCUUAGAAUCACGUACUUGUGUUGCAACGUCUGAACUUGUAAAUCCAGUAUCCGCACCCAAGACAGAAGAAAAUCUUAGCACAAAAAAGACUCCUAUUCAUCAAACCAAAUACUCCUCGCAGGCACGAGAGAAAGGGCAAAAAAAACCAAAAAUAGCUGGCGUUAAACUAUAUGUACCCUGACCAGACGAGGUCCUGGAUCUAUCUCCUGCGCCAGAGGCGAAAGAAUAUUGGACGUGGGCUGACGACGUGGGCAUGUAUUUCCACAAAGAUCCGGAGACGCUUUCUGUGACUUGGUAUGAGGAGUCUGAUGAUGAAAUGGAGGAUGAUUAG